UUGACUCGUCUAGAAGUCACAGCUCACAAGUAGUGUGCCAAGCCAGACACCACAACAUGGACGACUACAAACAAGAGAAGACAACAUUGGUGUCAUUUUCUAUUAUUAAGUAUGUCUUUCCUAGCCCCACGUUUACUGUUCGCUGGUGAUUUAUUGCCAUAUGAUAAUACAAAGAAUUCAGUAAGGGGCAUGGUGUACAAGCUACUAUACAUCUCAGCUUGCUUUUCCGGGGUUGCUACAAAGAGUUUUCCAGCUUCUCUUUUAUUGCUGCCCGGUAGUUGAAGUCAGUGAACCUUGAAUAAGGCUCUAAAAUUACUCUCAAGAAGCGUGUGAUUGUUUCAGUUAGAAUGUUUUUGGGGAUCAUCUAAUUUAAUAUUGCAGCUGGUUUUUAGUGCAGUGCUAGAUUUAAGGGUCCCAGGCUUCUCAGUUGCGGCUUGGCAAUUGAGAAAGGUCUCAAGGGAUCUCAUUUGGUGAAAUCUUGAACUUGUAUUUUGAAUUAUUUGUAAGAGGGUGUGCUUGUUUUGGAGUGACAGUUCAAGUUUUUGCUCUUUUUAAGUUUUUCUUGCGAGUACUUGAAAAGGGUCCCAAGACAGCAUACAGUUCUAAUCUGUUUUUGAGGGGACUACUAGUGUCUAAACUGCCUUUCGUUGCCUGUCAAAACAUGGCAUCGAUUUUUACUUGCAAUAUUUCACCUUAUGUUGCAUUAAAUUCGGGAAAUAAUCCUCGGUUUGGGGUGAGGGCUCAAAGUUUAGGUGGUGGUGAUUCGACAAUAUUGUCAUCUGAUGUGAUUGUGGUAAAUGGAACUUCUUUUGUUGGACCGGAAGAGAAGAAUGGGGCUCUGAUUGAUGGAGGCAGUGGGGAGAAAGUGAAGAAUGGCACUUUGAUUGAUGGAGGAAAAAAUGGAAGUUUAAAGCCUAGAAUUGAGAAAAGGUGGGUGAAAGAUGCUGUUUUCAAAGAUUUGGAAUUAUUGUGGGAUGAUGGUCAUGGGACCAAGACUGUGAAGGAUUAUCUUGAUGGAGCCAAGGAGAUUAUUAAGCCUGAUGGUGGGCCACCUCGGUGGUUUUGCCCUGCUGAGUGUGGGCAACCGUUAAAAGAUUCACCAGUUCUUCUGUUUUUACCUGGGCUUGAUGGUGUUGGCUUGGGACUUGCUUUGCAUCAUAAAGCUCUUGGGAAGGCAUUUGAAGUUCGAUGCCUUCAUAUUCCAGUGUAUGAUCGAACAACAUUUGAAGGGCUGCUGAAAAUUGUUGAGGAAACUGUGAGGCUUGAGCAUGCUUCAUCUCCAAAUAAGCCUAUUUAUCUAGUGGGGGAGUCCUUUGGAGCAUGUCUAGCACUUGCUGUUGCUGCCCGUAAUCCUAAAAUUGACCUCGUACUUAUACUAGUUAACCCAGCUACAUCAUUUAGCAGGUCACAGCUUCCUUUACUCCCUAUUUUGGAGGCCUUGCCUGAUGGAUUACACGAUUUAUUUCCCUAUCUUGUUGGCUUUGUUACCGGUAAUCCAGUAAAGAUGGCAAUGGCCAAUAUCGAAUACAAGCUUCCUCCUAGACUACAAUUUCAACAAUUGUAUCACAAUCUUACUGCUUUGCUACCUUCUGUUUCUGUUUUGUCUGAUAUCAUUCCAAAGGAGACUCUUAUUUGGAGAUUGAAACUGCUUAAAUCCGCUGCUGCUUAUGCUAAUUCCCGACUUCAUGCUGUAAAAGCUGAAGUGCUAGUUCUUGCCAGUGGAAAUGAUAACUUGCUUCCUAGUAAAGAUGAAGCUCACCGUCUUAAAGGUUCAUUAAAGAACUGCAAAGUUCGUUACUUCAAGGACAAUGGGCAUUCCAUGCUAAUGGAAGAUGGUCUUAAUUUGCUUACAAUUAUCAAAGGUACUUGCAAAUACCGUCGCUCAAGGAGGCUUGAUUUAGUCUCUGACUUUCUGCCACCUAGCAUGUCUGAAUUCAAAUGUGCAUUUGAUGAAGUGACUGGGUUGUUCCGCUUAGCUACUUGCUCAGCUGUGUUCUCCACUCUGGAUGAUGGCAAGAUAGUGAAAGGUCUUGCUGGGGUUCCAGAUGAAGGUCCUGUCUUAUUUAUUGGCUACCACAUGCUGAUGGGACUUGAAAUUUAUUCUCUUGUAGAUGAAUUCUUGAGAGAGAAGAAUAUUAUGGUUCGUGGCAUAGCGCACCCUGACCUAUUUUCAGAGAUUAUGGAGGGUUCAUCUACUGAAUUUUCUGUAUCUGAUUGGAUGAAAGUAAUGGGUGCGGUACCUGUCACAGGAAGAAAUCUUUUCAAAUUACUUUCAACAAAAUCGCAUGUGCUUCUUUAUCCUGGAGGUCAACGAGAGGCUCUGCAUUACAAGGGUGAAGCAUACAAGUUAAUUUGGCCUGAUCAACCUGAAUUUGUGAGAAUGGCAGCAAGGUUUGGGGCCACAAUUGUACCAUUUGGAACUGUAGGAGAAGAUGAUAUAGCAGAAUUGGCUCUAGAUUACCAUGACUUGAUGAAAAUCCCAAUACUUAAUGACUUCGCCAAAGACCUUAUGAGCAAAAGUUCUAGAGUAAGGGACGAAAGUAAAGGGGAGGUAGCCAGUACAGAUUUAUUCAUCCCUGGGCUUUUACCUAAGAUACCUGGCCGCUUUUAUUUUCUGUUUGGGAAGCCCAUAAAAACAAAGGGAAUGAAAGAGAUGCUGGAAGACAAAGAAAAUGCAAACCAAUUGUACUUGCAUGUAAAAUCUGAAGUUCAAAACAGUAUCGCCUACUUGUUGAAGAAGCGAGAAGAGGAUCCCUAUAGGAGUAUCAUUGACAGAACAAUAUAUCGUGCAUUCUAUUCUCCUAUGCCUGAAGUUCCAGCAUUUGACCCUUAGAAAAUAUAAAGACAAGGCACUUGGCAGACUUGAAAUUGUUACCGCCAUCUAUGCUUUAAGCUGAUUUAUGUAUAGAAACAAGUGCAAGUGUGAAGCAUAUGGUGCUCUUUUCCAGGUUCUGAUAGUUGACAAAUAGCAGAAGGAAACAAAAAGGGGGGGGGGGGGG